AUGUCAACAACUUCUGGUAAUCCUGGCAACAUUUCAACUAAAUGGCACGUACAAUCUAAUACCAGUUUGAUGUUGAAAUCUUCACGAAGCUCGCCGAAGAACAGCAUUGAUCAUAAACCUGAUAAAUUUGCCCCGGUCGACCCAACAUCAACAGCUUUCGCUCAUUCUACAGUGUCAAUAUUUACACUCGAUGGCUCUUUAAACCUCAUAUUUAUAUCACUGUUUUCAUUAAUAUCAUGUCCUACAAGCACUGCUGCUUGA